UACUUCCUGGUUUGUUAGAGGGUUCGGCAGCUGUCAAUAACGCGUGGUCUCCUAGGUGCGAUACAAUGCAGAGGGGACGUUGGGACCCUGCGGUGCUGCUCCCUAUGUGUAUAACUUGUAUACUUAUCCUCUCUGUGUCUCUGGAAGUGUAUUACUUGCUGCUGACUGAUGUGAAAAGUGGCCACGGUCCCCUUCUCUUACUGGUAACCUACCACUUGUUUAAUGUGUUCGGGAACAUGCUGAGGUUUAUCCAAAAUUCCCCCAGUAUUAAAGGGAUCUUCUUGGAGAAUGUCAGCAAGGGACAAGGCUGGGUUUAUUGCUACACAUGCCAGACGCAUGUGCCCCCCCGUUGCCAUCAUUGUUAUGACUGCAAUGUCUGCGUCCUUCGAAGAGAUCACCACUGCACUCUACUAGGUGUAUGUGUGGGCCACGCCAACUACCGUUACUUUCUGUGCACUCUAAUCCAUGGCUGGAUGGCGCUCCUUAUUGCCACUGUUCUCAACGCUGAGAUUUUCAUGGGUCUCCUGCAUGAAGGCUUCAGCUUUCACAGCGUCUUCUUGCUUAUAAUGCCCUGGAUGAUGCUGGUCACAGGCCACGUGACUCCCUCUGCCUUUGUAUUUGCAUUUGUGGCUGACACUUGCGUGGUUGGCUUCCUCUUCUGCUUUGUUUUUCUCGUCUUGCACUUGGCACUUUUAUCUCGUGGAGCCACCACCAAGGAGUGGUUUGCAGGUCACACCAGAACCUAUGAUAUUGGUUGGCGAAAGAACUUUAAAGACUUUCUUGGGGAGAGAUGGUACUUAGUCUGGGUCUCUCCUUGGAUAGAAUCCAGAUUAACAGGAGAUGGCAUCAGCUUUGAGACAAGAAACAGCACAUCUGUGACAACGGCAUCCAAGUCCUCUGACCUUUAGAUGUUCUUAUGUGGAGGUUCCAAGCAAUACUCGGUUAAGGUAGUCGUAGCAGAGAUGCAAACAGGAACUCAUGCAGAUGUAUAAUGAUCGAGUCUGCCGAUGAUGAGACUGUGAAUAUUUAAGGAACAUAUAAUGUAUUUAUAAAUCUAUACGUCAUUUUUUUUAUUGACAUAGCAAAAUCAUUUUUAAAUGAAAUGAUAAAGAAUUGAUGUAAUGCAGGGCUCAGGUAGCCACUGGCUCCUAGCUUUAUGGGUUAUUCUCCAUAGAUAUAUUUACAAAUACCACUGUCUGGCUCCUAAAUUUUAAAUAGAUUUGUCGACCCCUGAUGUAAUGUAAUUUCUUAUGUUUGCAUAUAGCCGUGUAUUAACCCCCUGCAGACUGGCGAGAUGCAGGAAGCCUUGCGCACACACUGUGUGUAUUCUGUCACUGUGCAUGUGUCUUUGUGGGAAACCUUUGACACUGAUGUCAUUACUGACAUCAUAACCUGCUGCAGGUGCAUCACAUGACCCCUUUUUGGGCUUUUCUACAUUUAUAAGAAAACAAAGAAAAAUAAAUUAAUAAAAAAAGUGUCAAGUGCAAACGAGAACAUUUCUGCUGCAAAUUAUGGAUCAGUUUUGACAAAAUGAACGUGUCUGUAUGGCGCAGGAGGUUGAUUAGCCACGUGCUGCUUAUUGUACUUAGCUGAUCCAGCGAGAAUCAGUGUGUCACUUUUUUGGUGAUUCAUGGGGAUUUAUUUUUCUUCUUAUUGACAAAUGAUUAAUUAGGUUGUUGGUUUUUCCUUGGAUAAGCUGACAUGGCGGUAUAAAUGUUGCACGUGACUAAUUUAAAUUGAUAUAUAUUUAUUGUUCAGCCGGGAAGCCAUAUUAUCAGCAUUGGAUGAGAAACACAUACUGUCUGUUAAAUUACACUGGCCACUGGAGCUUGGUUGUUUUGUACUUUAGUUACAUAAUAAGUUUAUUCCAGAAGAGCAAUUAUGGAAUCUGAAACAUUGAACACACAUUUCUUCCUCUGGACGCCAUUAGACCAUCUUGGUUACAUAGAUUGAUGUGAUGACCAGGGAGUGAGUUCUGUUUAAAUAGAAAUUCCUAUUGAUUCAGAUCCGUGUUUUAUUCACUUAUGCACAGGUCACUUUUCAUGCUUUAUAUGUUGAUAGCUCUGACAUCUUCCUGACAAUGUGUUUCACUUCAAAACGUUCUUUAGGGAAAGUACAAUCUCUUUAGUUUUAAAGACCCUUUUGGGUAUUAGUUUGCUCUGUUGCUCCUUUUUGGCUACAUAUCAUUUUAUUUUGGUAGAAGAUCCAAUAGGUCCUCUGUUCCCUUUACCUGUUAGCAUAAGUGUCAAUAUUUGUAUCUUUUCAGCUGUUUAAAUGGUUCUGUAGAGUAAACAAACCCCACAAUUAGGUGAUUACAUUAGUAUAUAAAGCAUUCCGGUGUUAUGUUUCUGAAAUUUACCAUCAUGAGUAACUGGUGCAGCUCCGGACUCAAGCUGAUCCCAAAGCACCUUUUUACCCCCAAGUAUGGAUAAGAUUCUUGUAAAUAGUGACGUGACUUUCAAAAUGAUGCCACUUUGCUUUUAACCGUUUGACGAUCGGGUUAAUUUGUCUACAUCAGAACAAUGUUCUGAUGUAAACAAAUUGAAAUCCCGCAAUCGUGCACUCGAUUUAGAGAUUUCAAUGUUCGGAUCGGGUCAGGGGGGAGUCCCUAUGAUGCUAGGCACGCCUUCCAGACCACGAUCGCAUCCAGGAAGCGCAGUUGGAUUCAGGAUAGCCAAACAGCUAGGACAUUCUAUUCCGUCCUAACUGUGCCAAAGCCCGGCGUGGUUUGGACAGAAUAGAACGCCAUAACGGCCUUCAAAGAUUAACAUACAUGGUGUAAAUAUUUUAUUUUUACCACCACAGUGAGUAUACGAAGCAACACUGACAAAACUCUUAUCUUAUGAGAAUCUUUUUCUGAAAAAACAAACUCUUUCUCAUUUCUGUAUUCUUCAGAAACACAACUAAUCUAUGCACUAAGAUACUGAAAGUCAUAUUCAUUUGCACUGAGAGCUUUUAUGUACUAUAAAUGUAGCAAUAACGUUUGAUAUAUCUAUAGAUACAUAUUUAUAUAUAUAUACUUUUUUUGUUAGCAGUAAACUGUAUUGGGUUAUAAUUGUUAUGGUUUGUCUGGAAAAGACAAAAGAGGGCGCCACAUAGUGUAUAACGUUUACUGUAUUCCAAAUCUAACUUGAAAAUGUAGGGCACCAAAUCUGGCUAAAGGUUAGUUCUCUGCUAGAUGUCUAAUGGUCCACACGUCUCUUAUUCUUCGGGAUAGUGAGAUAGCAAAUAUAUACAGCCCUUCCCGCAGUUAGACCAGCAAAACUACACCCAAUAUUUCACAGUGACGUGCGAACAAGAGCAAUACUAGCACUAUUAAGGGGUAAUGGAAAUUUGACCCUAUUCAACAGGACUCACCAAACAGACUUCCUACUUAAAGGGCCACUAAACCCAAAAUCUUUCUUUCAUGAUUCAGAUAGAGAACAGAAAUUUAAACAGCAUUACAAUUUACUUCCAUUAUUUAUUUUGCUUCAUUUUUUAAAUAUCCUUAGUUGAAGAAAAAGCAAUGCACAUGGUGAGCCAAUCACACAAGGCUUCUAUGUGCAGCAACCAAUCAGCAGCUAGUGAGCAUAUCUAGAUAUGCUUUUCAUCAAAGAAUAUCAGGAGAAUAAAACAAAUUAGAUACUAUAAGUAAAUUAGAAAGAUGUUUAAAAUUGCAUUCUCUUUCUAAAUCAUAAAAGAAAAAAUGUGGGUGGCAUGUCCCUUUAAGUGUAACAAGAAUCAAAAAAGCAAAAUCAAUGUAUCCUAAAAAAGUGUGUCUAAAACAUUAUGUAACUGCUUCUUCAGGCAUGGGUAUAUAUAUUGGGUUAUAACCUCUUUUUGAAUGGAUAUUAAACCCAAAUAUUUUCUUUCAUGAUUCAGAUAGAGCAGCAAUUUUCUUAUCUUUAUUUUAAAAUGCAGGAAUGUAAGCUUAGGAGCCAGCCUAUUUUUUGUUUGUUCAGCACACUGGGUAGCGCUUGCUGAUUGGUGGCAACAUUUAGGUGCUGAACCAAAAAUGGGCCGGCUCUUAAGCUUACAUUCCUGCUUUUUCAAAUAAAGACACCAAGAGAAUGAAGAAAAAUUGAUAAUAGGAGUAAAUUAGAAAGUUGCUUAAAAUUGCUUGCUCUGUCUGAAUCAUGAAAGAAAAAACAAAAAUUGGGUUUCAUAUCUCUUUAAGUGCCACUUGUACAGCUAUUAAAUGAAAAUGACUAAAGAAUAAAAUCAUUCAUAAGUUUAAUACAUUUGCUGUUGUGUUGCUGCUUUUUUUGGCAUUUAUUUCAAGAUGGCACAAAUGCAUUUUCUUUAUUAUUUAUUCAUUGUAUGUUCUGUUUUAUUUGAAUAUGAUUUUGCAACAACAUAAACUUGUAUGGGAAAAAAACUAAAAUGAAUUAUAUAAACCACUUAGCCCAGUAUUAUUUGUCAAAUAGAUAUGAUGUUAGCAUUUUCUUUAAUGUUAUGAUUCAGAAAUUCUAACGCAGUGUAUAACAAAUAAAAUGAUACACACAUUUUUACAUUUUUUUUGCUGCACUGAUUAAAAUGUUGCAUAUAGAUUAUUUACAUAAAAUGUCUGUUAUAGUUUUAUUUGCCACAGUUACAAAAAAUGUUUUAAAAAAAUAAUAAUUAUUUGGUGUAAAUAUAUAUAAAACGAAACACUAAAUAGUAAACAAAUACCAGAUAGAAUGAUGUAUCAUGAGAAAUGUUUAGCCUGGGAAUAAUAUGUAAUGUAUGUUUUACAAUUAUAUUAGUGGUUUAAAUAUUGAAAAAAUAUGUAUAAAAUGUUAGUGUCUAUAAAGUUUUACCAUGUUGUAACACAGGUUUCCUUAGUAACUGUUAUGGGUCACUAAAGUGUUCGCAUCUGCUUCUAGCAGGAAUUGGAAAGCCCACAAUUUUCACAAUUAAAUUACAGUAAAGGGGACAAUGAAUGUAUAUUGCAAAAAAAUAAAUACUAUUAAUAAUGUUAUAUUAAAUCUCAAAGGGUUAAAUGUCCCUUUAAUGCAUAUGUAUAAUUCUUGAUACAAGUUUUAGAAAGGCAUGAAAAUAAAUGUAUUUGUUUAAUUUCUACAGUCUGUGUAAUUAUUCUGGCAUUUAUUUUAAAUAGUGGGAACUAAUGUCAUGUAAGAUUUGAUAGAUAGUAUAAGUGCAAGCUAAACAAAAAUAUUUAUGAUUGCCCUCAUUUUUUAUUAUAUUUUUAAAUCUGGAUUAAUAUUUGCUUUGUCUUUAUAAUAUCGUUCUGCCUUUAAUAAAAUCUAGUCAUUAUGUGAUUGGCA